CUCCAUGUAGACCUCCACCAUGUAGACCUCCUCCAUGUAGACCUCCACCAUGUAGACCUCCCCAUGUAGACCUCCUCUGGGGCUCCGGUAGAGGACCCGGUGUCUCUGGUCCCUCGUGGUUCUCGUGAGGCUGGAGGAAUGUGAGCGUGAAAGUCUGCGUUGAUCACGACUCGGUCACACGGAGCGGCGCAACAGAGACGCUGUGUUCCCUGAACACUACAUCUCCCAUCAGCCCCGGGGGCACUCAGACACAGGCCUCCUGUUGCCCCCAGUCUGAGGCCACUUCCCUCUGGAAGCGUGUUCUCCUGAUUCUCAGAAACGAUGACGACAACGUCCUGUUGUUGCCUAUCCUGGCACCACUUCCUGUUGUUGCCUAUCCUGGCACCACUUCCUGUGUCUGUGGUCCCUCAGGGGCCUGAAGACGAGGAUCCAGCAGGAGGACAGGAAGCAGCUGGGCGCCCGCUGCCUGCUGCCCUUCAGGUUCCUGCUGACCAGCAGGCGCUCGUGUCUGGACUGCCACCUGUUCACCUGCAAGAGCUGCAGCCGCGACAAGAGGGAGCACGGCUGGGUGUGUGACACCUGCCACAUGACCAGGGUGCUGAAGAUCGGGACCGUGGGUUGGUACCACGACGACGUCAGGAACCGCUUCAAGCGCUUCGGCAGCGCCAAGGUCAUGAGGUCGCUGUACAAGAGGCUGAACGGAGACGCCGGUCGUGAUGACGACACUCAGAGUAUGCCAGACGUCCGCAGCAGUGUGUACAACGGGAUGGAGGAGGACGACCAUGUAGAAGAAGUCCAGCGCUACAAAGUGAUGAGGAAGAACAAACGUCUUCUCUCUGUUCAUCCGCUGGACUUCGACCCUGAGGAAUAUUUCCCGUAUUCUCGCCGGCCGUCUGUACAAACCCCGUCCGGUCCCCAUGAGGAGGAGAAGCUGAGCGACAAGAACCGGUCCUCGGACGAGGAGGCGGGAAAGAAGACCUCCUCUGCAGGUCCAGGUCUGGCCCUGGACCCCCUGAAGGACCUGAAGGGGCUCAGCUCCUCCAGCGACGAGGGCCCCACGGAGGCCCAGAAGGUGUACAUGGCGGCCGGUCAGCCCCACGCGCUGGAGGCCAAGCUGAAGUGGCUGGAGCGCAGCGCCACGGCUCGCCACGGGGGGGCGACGGACUCCGAGCUGUCGGAGCUGGAGGACGUGGUGACUCGCACGGCGGCCCGCGUCCAGAGCGCCGAGAGCAAGGUGUCGGACAUCGAGAGUAAGAUCGCUGCUCUGACCUCCAAGAAGAAGGUUUCUGGAUCUCAGAGGAAGAAAUCAACUCAGGAUUUCUCCAAGGGCAGUAACGGAGCGCAGUGGAAAUCAAACCUGUUCUGAUCCUGAAUCCUGGAAUUCAAAGAUAAUUUCUUCUGGUUUAUUGAUUAUUUUCCUGCUGAAUCCGAUUCAACUCUUUGAGAAUGUUUAAAUGUUGAGUUUAACAAACAUUCAUUAUUUUAUAUUAUUAUCUUUCUGUGAAAAUCAUCUGAAAACAAAAUAAUGUUUUAAAUUCUGCUGAGAUCAAAAUAAUCUUAAUUUAAUCUUUGAAUAUUUUCAUCAGACGUUAAUAAACUGAAAGUACAAAUAAAAACUUGUUUUUUUGGUUUAAGAUUAGAAAAUCAUGGAUAAUAAAUACAAAUUAUAUAUUUAAUAAUAUUUUACAUAAUAUUCAUUUACCUAAAAUAAUUUAAGCUCUAUUGGAACAUGACAUAUUUUUAAUAAUUACAUUUAAUACUUAAAAUAUCUCAAAAUACAGAAAAUGUUAAAUAAUUGAAUUUUGAAAAUCAUUUUUUAUAAAAAUAAGUCAAUUACAUGUCAGUAAAAUGAAGAGUUAUAAUUGUGAUUAUUGAAAUGUUUAUUGUUGUGUUUUUAAUUUUUAAAUCUUUUUCAUUUUGGCCCCUUCCUGUAAUAAUCAGCUGAUCAGUUCCUAUAAUCAAUAACUGCAUGAGAGCCAACGUGUGGUGGCUAUCGAUGUAUUGAUCGCCUCGCUGAUCGUUAUUAUCUAAUGUUCGGAAAUAUUGAAUCAAAAUGUUGUUUAGAACUGAUUAAAUGAAGGAAUAAUGUAUUAAAAGCUUUAUGAUCAAUAAAC